AUGAUCCCUCUCAUUCCUGUUCUAGUCCUUAGCUUUCUGUCUUUCGCAUCUUCAGCUUUCGUUAUUCUCCGUAUCAUAAUUCCCAUUUUGCCACCUCAUCCUCUGAGCCGACGUGUUUCCCCGGCUGAGUUUGGUCUUCCUACUUUCCGUUCACUCUCACCUGCGGAUAAGAGUCACAUCUGGUUGGCAAGCUUGGAUAUUUUCGCCAUUGCAAUUUUCAUCUGGCAAGCUGUAGCAGAAGCAACUGGUGGGCCGACCGGGGUUGCCAUUGCUGAUGAUCCAGUUUCAUCCAUCAGACUGUGGUUUACAGUGACCGUCAGACAGGGCUGCCUGUUGAUGAUCACAGUCAUCACCUUGCUACACGUUCGAAUGGGCCGUUCUGUCUCAUUCGGCAAGAAACAUUGGAUGCUAUGGGCACCCACUGCGCUGCUGUCGAUGACGUCUACAGCUUUGGCGGGUGUCUUAUCGGCUGCAGGUAUUAGUAGCCUGUUUGUGGGGAUCGCCGUCUACUCUGCUACCAUUGUCAUCUUGAGCACAGUGGUGCUUGGGUGUCUCAUUGGCACUCUAGUCAUCAUUAAGCGCAACCUUGCCGCUAUGAACGAAGAGGCUGAUCCAUGGCCACCUGUCAGGCAAGUGGAAGAAAAAGGCAGACCUUCUUUUUGCACUGAAGAGAUUGACGCUAUUCGGGAUGGUGCGUCCUGGAUCACAUCGACAGCUGGUGGGAGUUCCCGUCGUAAUUCAGCUUCUGCUUGGUCCUUUUCAACGCACCACACUGUCGUGACCGCCUCGCAGCAUGGCCACCCAGGUGGACGCCCACAAAAUGGCUCACAUCCUUCUGUUCCUGCCAAAUCUUCUUACUGGUUCAACAGCACGACACCUCAUGACAUAGAUAUUCCACCCGUUCCACCGCUGCCAUCUCCAUACGGUCCCAUUUCUCCUACAGCGGAGGAUCUCAAUGACCCGGACCCCUUCAGGAGAGAUAUGCCAUCGCCGCUUCCGAAUCAACCACGCGGUCGUCUAGACUCACAGACAUCCUGGUUAACCUCUUCCAACGGGUCGCAAACCACUCUUUCCGCUUGGAGUUACCCAGCAACCGUUUACGAAGGAAGUAUCCGCAAUGUCAGUUCCCCUGAUUUCCAGACAGCCCUGACUGCUGUGUCCCGUCCUGUCACGCCUGCCAUGGCCAAUGCGCAAGUCCUUGGAGGCUAUGGGUAUGCUCCAGGGAACACGGAGGCGGAGAAAGGCCUCGCCUCUUUGGCAGCUCCUCCUGGAACAAAUCUUAACAUUUCUGUCUAUCCCGCUAUUGGUUGGUUUCUUACUAUCUGGGUCCCUCUCGGACUUUCUUUACCAUAUCUCAUUUCCCUUUGUCAGCAGACUACCCCUUCCACUGCCUUGUACAUUCUCUUCGUAUUAUCUGUCACACUCUCCUCGCCUCUUUUGGCCAUCAACGUCAUCUGCGGUUCCCAUCUCCCCAUACCCACUGGAUUAUUCGAUGUCCGGGGUGAGAAGCCCAAGGUUAGCUCCGCCCCCUCCGAACUUCCCUCGAACAAGUGGUCCCAUGAGUACAAGCGUAGCAUGAGUACCACAAUUACCGCAGUUGAGGGUCGUCGAAGUGGUGACGUUUGGCUUACCAAUGGCGACGCUGUGGAUGGGAAGAACAAGCUAGGUCGCGCCGUUGGAAUGCUCUCUCCGAUGCCAAAGCUGUCCGUUAUGCCACCUGAGGAGUGCGAUGAGCCACUCACUCCUCCGUUACCCAUUCAAGACGCGGAUUCUUCUUUACCACUCACAAUUCACAACACUCCUGAAACCAGUGCCCAGUUCGGAAGGCUCAGAAUGGAUUCCAAGGCAAGCUCUCACCACCUGUCUGGAGGCGAUGAAAGCAUGGCGUACGCAAGCAGGAUCAUGGUCGCCCAGAGGCAUUAUUCUGCCCUUGCUCAAACGGUCGUGGUUCCCGGGUCAUCACCCGACAAACAGCAGGCGACAGGUACUGAGCUGUUCGUCAGUAACGCCACGGGAGCACUCGUAAACAAACCAGCCACGCAUCUUCGUUCGCGUUCAAUUACUUCUAUUAGUGGCCCACAGACAGUCUCCGCGGACAGCUUCAACAUUAGUCCCCCGCCCUCGUUCCCGCUGCCUCCUACGCCUCCCAAUGUCAGGGCAGCUCGCUUAGCCCAGCUUGCGCAUAAAAAGUCCUUCUCGUCUGGUUUCUCCUUCAGCCCCGUCGAUGAUAUGAAUGAAAUUGAUGCAUUGACCGCUGGCGUCCUGCCUCUUCUGGUCCCAGGAUUGAAGGUUGGCCAUGAGAUGAAGAUCAAAGAGGAUGAUUGGUCGCCGCCUGGCACUUUCAGUAAGAGCAAAGGGAAGAACGCCGCAAAAAAAUUGACCGAGUUUGGGGAAGACUUUUCUUCGCCUGAAAUUCACUCUACUCCUGCCAGAAGGCGUCCACGCGAGCCCAGAGGAAGGAAAGAAUCAGGACACAAGAGAAACCACUUCAGUUUACCCAGCCUCAGCCUUGGCAAGGAUGGAAUUCACUCUUUGGCCACCUGGAGUGCAGAGAUACGAGGUGCAUUGGAGAACAAGGUCGGCCAGUACACAUCCAUUCCAAGUAACGUCGAUCUUGGUCGAAGGAAUACCGUCUUUGGCGCCGAGUCAGUUCCCACGGCCCAACCACUCCUCAAAGCCGUACAAGAGGAGGAGGACGAGCACAUCGUGAACCCUGGAGCAGGGCUUGGCCGUGUCAUGUCAACCCGCUCUCUUGGCCUGCGUGCUGAUGUGCCUCGCAAUGUGAACACCGCUCGUUCCUCUGUGAUCAGCAACCCUGCGCCUACUUCUGCUGCCUCCACAGUGACCUUGUUCGAAGACUUCGAAGCUGGGAUGAUCUCUGGGCCACAAGCUGAGAGCACUCCACACAACACCGUCUCGCACAAAACAACCCAUCGACAACAUAAUGCACCACCCGUACCAGUAAAUCGUCGCUCAAGCAUUGUAUAUAUCAAAUCUGAAAAUCACUCAACUACAACGAACCCACCCAUGACAGAAUCUUCAAGUUCCUCAUCAGCCAUGUCUUCUUUCGCCCAGUGGUCAUCCCGGGCGGUUCGACCACUUAUGACGAAGAACAGCCUCAAGCUCCAGCGCAAGAUAUCAACCGCAGACUCCUCCUCUCCUAGCCCUCCAAGAGAGGGCCUACGUCCCCUCUCCCUUCUGCAAGACCGCGACCCCAACACUGCACAAGGCACAAGUCCUUUGUCUGUUGGUGAAACUCGGCCAUUGACUCUCGGGAAGAAACAGAAGUCGAGGAUGGCCGCCCCUCAGGACGAGAAUGCGGGUCCGGAUUCAAUCCGUUCUGGUCACAGAAAGAAUCUGAAGUCGCUGAAGCUUGCCAGGUCUGAAACAGCCAAGAUGCGGGGCAUCUUGCGGAAGGGUGAAAUCUUGCCUGAUGUCGUCAUUCGUCCACCCUCCACCACGGAGGCGUUCGCUUACAGUUUCGAUGAUUAA